AUGCGACCUGCGACCCUUCUGUGCAUCCUGAUCCUGGUCCAAGUUGUAGCUCCAGUGCUUGAGUCGUUCACCUCGAUCUCGCGACCCGCCUGGAAGUCGCCAGCUCAACGCCAAAGACCGCGCAGUCGCGCAGAGACAGAGGGAGGGGCUCCUCUGCCGAAAUAUGUGGAGAUUUCGCAGGAUGCGCUGUUGGCAGCUGCUGUGGUCCAGGGGAGGAAAGAUGCCGUGCCGAUGCUGCUGGACUCAGGCGCGCCCUUGGAAGCCAUCGCCAGCAAGGGCAGGACGGCCCUGGCCUGCGCGGCUGUGGUGAACGAUGCUGACAGUGCUCAACUUCUACUGGAGCCUCCCAAAGAUGUGCUUCGGGUUUACGUGGAGUUUGGUGCCAACUUGGAAGCACAAGACAAUGGAAAGCUGACACCGUUGCUUUGGGCAGCCGUCAAUGGGAAUGAAGAUGUGGUCCGCUUUCUUGUGGUCAAUGGGGCCAACAUUCAAGCGAAAGAUGAGGAUGGAAUGACUGCAUUGGGCCUUGCCACAGUGCUGAAGCGGCAAACGGUUCGGGACUUUCUGACCGAGGCCGGCGCCGGCAAAAAGACUGCCUAG